AUGCGCGAGCGACUCGGAACGGCGUACUACAUUGCACCAGAAGUGCUGCGGAAGAAAUAUGACGAGAAGUGCGACGUUUGGUCUUGUGGAGUUAUUCUUUAUAUUCUUCUUUGCGGAUAUCCCCCCUUUGGAGGACAAACUGACCAGGAAAUUCUCAAACGCGUCGAACGCGGAAAGUUUUCGUUUGAAAUGCCGGACUGGGGCCACGUGUCCGAGGAGGCGAAGGACUUGGUGCGCAAGAUGCUGACCUACGACUCCAGCAAAAGAAUAUCUGCUGAAGAGUCUCUUUCUCAUCCGUGGAUAAUAAAAUUCUCUUCUCAAAAGGACUCCGACAUGCCCAAACACGCCCUCACUGGCGCCCUCGGAAACAUGAAAAAAUUCCAGUCGACGCAGAAGCUGGCGCAGGCGGCGAUGCUGUUCAUGGGGUCGAAGUUGACGACAGUGGAAGAGACAAAAGAGUUGACAACAAUUUUUAGGGCUUUGGACAAAAACGGCGACGGCCAGCUCGACCGCAAGGAACUCAUCGAGGGUUACCGCAAGCUCCUCGACUGGAAGGGAGAGUCCGGGGAGGUCGACGAAGCCACCAUUGAAGCCGAAGUAGACCAAAUACUGACUGCCGUGGACUUCGAUAAAAACGGAUACAUCGAAUACUCAGAGUUUGUCACUGUGUGCAUGGACAAGCAGCUGCUGCUGUCAAGGGAAAGGCUGCUGCAGGCCUUCCAGCAGUUCGACAGCGACGGCUCAGGAAAAAUCACAAAUGAAGAGCUAGCCAAGCUUUUCGGCAUCACUGCCAUUGACGACAAGGCCUGGCACGAGGUGCUCGCGGAGUGCGAUAAGAACAACGACGGAGAGGUAAGAAAUAAUUUUCAUUUUUAA